AUGUCUUUGAAUAACAUGAUAGACACGGAAUCGAAAAACUCAACCGGGGGCAAGAAGAUCAUGAACGAUGGGACAGGGACGUGGUUGCUGAAAACGGAGAGGUUUCAGCAAUGGGUCGGCGGCGAAGAGCAGAUUCUCUUCUGUCCUGGGAUUCCUGGGGCCGGAAAGACAGUUCUCUCAUCAAUCAUCAUUGAUCACCUAGAGCAGGUAUUUCCUAACCAAGACGAGAUCGGAAUCGCGUACCUCUUUUGCAACUAUCGGCAGCAGCAUGCACUUGUCGAGCUCUAUUCUGCCCUUCUAAGACAAGCCGUGCAGCGAAAGACCUCAAUUCCGGAGAGUACUAGAUCAUUUUAUCAAAACUACUCGUUAAAAGGGAGUCGUCCUUCCGAGGGUGAGGUGCUCGGCGAAUUACGAUCUGUCCUUUCUUCGUGCACAAGAGCUUUUGUCAUCAUCGAUGCCCUCGAUGAAUGCCGGAUUUCCGAUGGUGGUCACAGCGUACGUCACCCAUUCAUUCGCCGGCUUGUCCGUCUGCAAGAUGAAGGUUUCAAAAUCCUUGCAACAUCUCGACUAGAUCAGGAGAUUGCGGUGUAUUUUGAGGGCGUCGCUUCCCUUGAGAUACGGGCAAGCACUGAAGAUAUCCAGCACUAUGUCGACAUGCGCCUAGGAGAUCUCCCGCUAUUUAUUCGAAAGAGGCCAAACCUGCAGCUGGUCAUCAAGGAUACUAUUACCGAAUUUGCUAAAGAAAUGUUCCUCCUUGCUCGGCUCUAUUUUGACCUGCUCCUCGACUAA